AUGUCGUCCAACAUCACACUCUACUCCUGGCCCACCCCAAACGGCAUCAAGGCCUCAAUCACCCUAGAGGAGCUUGGACUUUCAUACAAGACUGUUCCAAUUGACAUCAGCACAAAUAUUCAGAAGGAAGAGUGGUUCUUAAAGAUCAACCCCAAUGGCCGUAUCCCUGCGAUUCAGGAUGGAUCCCAGCGCGUAUUUGAAAGCGGAUCGGUCAUGCUUUAUCUGGUCGACAAGUAUGACACCGACCGGAAGAUUAGCUACGCUCCCGGAUCAUCCGAGUACAUCGAGCAGGUGUCCUGGCUAAUGUUCCAAAUGGGUGGCGUCGGACCGAUGCAGGGUCAAGCAAACCACUUCCGCCUCUACGCUGGCGCUCGAUCAGACUACGGCAUCAAGCGGUACAUCGACGAGACAAAGCGUCUCUAUGAGGUCCUUGAGUCCCGUCUUAAAGAGAGUCCCUACCUGGCCGGUGACAAGUACACCAUUGCAGAUAUUGCAAACUACUCCUGGGUUCGCAGUGCACCGGGAUCACUGGAAAUCGAUUUAUCCGAAUUCCCCGCUUUGAAGAAGUGGAGCGAUGAGAUCGGCAAGCGUGCGGCUGUCACGAAGGGUGCGGAUGUGCCCCAGUCCGGUCGAACUGAAGAGCAGAAACUGGAGUUUAGCAAGAAUGCACGUGCAAAAAUCGAUGCUAUGACCAAUUCCGAUAAGUACUAG